UAGAUACAUCCGUAUGUAUAUCAAUAUAUACGUUUGUGUGGUACACGUAUGUAUAUAGAGCGUCUUUCCUCUUCUUGUGAGAGUGCUUGGCUAUUCUUUUUCAAAACUGUCAUUACUUUCCCACAUUUUGUCAUUCGUAGAUCAACUGAUUGUUCGCGAUGCCAGUCAUAACACCUCAGAAUCCUCGUCAAGUAGCGCAGGCCAUCACACUGAAAGAUGUUCAAGACGCUAUGGCCCGUGUGAAGGGCCGCAUCACAAACACGCCUGUAUUCACAAGUACGCACAUGAAUACGGUGACUGGCUUUGAUUUGAUCUUUAAACAUGAGGGAAUGAACAAAACUGGGAGUUUCAAAUGUCGAGGUGCUUCCAACGCGCUCGCCAUGUUAACCGACGAGCAGGCGGCCAAGGGAGUGGUCACACACUCUUCGGGCAACUUCGCACAGGCGCUGGCCUGGGCCUCGCAACACGCCCGCAACGAGCCCAUCAAUGCGUAUGUGUGCAUGCCGGACAAUGCACCUCUCAGCAAGCGCGAAGCGGCUGCGGGGUAUAACGGGAUCAUCAGCAUCUGCCCCAGUACGAUCGAGGGACGGGAGGCUGCCGCCGAGAAAGUCAGGCAAGAGACUGGGGCCGAGUUCAUACACGCAGCACAUGACACACGUGUAAUGGCUGGCCAAGGGACGAUGGCUUUGGAGAUACUGGAGGCACAUCCGGACAUCCAGGCCAUAGUUGUACCUGUAGGCGGGGGCGGGCUCAUUUCAGGGGUCGCAGUGGCGAUCAAAGGAAUGAAUUCAAAUAUAAAGGUGAUAGGCGCGGAACCGGAGAUAACAGAUGAAGCAGCGCGCUCGUUACAACUAGGGUCACUACAAAAGAACACAGACUAUUCAGAUACAGUGGCGGAUGGUCUGCGAGUGGCGAUUGGCGAUAAGACCUUCUCGUGUAUAAACAACUGCGUGGACGCCAUUGUAACCGUGCCUGAGCAGGAUAUUAUCGAUGCGUGCUUCACAGUGUUUCACAGGAUGAAAGUUGUCAUUGAGCCUUCAGCUGGUGUCGGAGUUGCUGCAGUGCUCAAGCAAAACGACGCGAUCAGAGUAAAAUUGGGAUUGGAACGUGAUGCCAAAGUCGCCGUGAUCUUGUGCGGCUCAAACAUUGAUAUGAUGAAUAAGCCCUUGCCGUGGCUGAAGUAGAAAAACAAUAAAUGUAUAUGAUUGAAUGUAA